CCCCUUUUAUCUCUGCUUCAUCCCGAUGGAGUGAAUAUGCAAAAUGACAGAGGCGUCAUUAACUCCUCUGCUGCUGAUUUGAAUAACAGUGAUGGUGCUAUUAACUGUGAUGUUAAUACCCUAACUGUUAAUUCUCAGCUGAAAGAGUCCCUAAAUGUCUCUCAUUCUCCAUUUGGGAAAACACAACU